AUGCGCUUCGCUCGAUCUCCCGGGCGCUCGCGCCUUACUCUCAUCGUCUUCCUCGGUUGUCUGUGCUUCCAAAUGCAAGGCGUCGCGCACGCCAAGCUACGCGGCCGAGCCAUCGGUGGACGCCGCAUAGCCGGUCGAGGGAUCGGGCCUCGAGCGGCCGAUAGAGUCGGCAUCGGUCGUCGUUUACUUCGAAUCGAACCGCCGGCGUCAGACGAAGCGUGCGUGACGGCGUACGAGAACAUCGCGCGACGACCGGAACUCUCGGAACUCAAGUCUGUCGUCGAUACGUUGCCGCGCAUUAGAGAAAAGCUCGAGGAUCCGACGAGAGUGUUCACGCUCUUCGCACCCACGAACGAUGCGAUUAGACGACUUCGUGAGUGGGAGGAUUGGGAGAGCGCGAAGAAAGACUUGGUGGAAGCGUUCGGGUCGACUAGACUGAUGCGAGCGUACCUUCUCUCGUAUCAUGCGAUACCGAACGCGACGUACACCGAGGCCGAACUCCGCGCUCUCGAAGGAGACGAACGAUACUUGGAAGACUACUUGAACAACGUCAUGCCGUUAGAAAUCAUCGACGACGAUGAGGGAUCGUUCAAAGUCUCCGGAUUGGGUUCGGACGCAAGCGUCAUUGAGAGUGACAUUCGCUCGUGCGGAGCAAUUCUUCACACGGUCGAUCACGUCUUGUUGCCGUUCGACGGUGAUGACAUUCUCGACGAAGAGCAAGUCGAAAUGCUACUCUCAGCCACGAAUGCGCUUCGAGCGCGCUACGGUCUCGACAAGCUUACUUCGGAGCAGAUUGACGAGUUGAGAAAGAGCGAUGACCUCAUCGGCGCCCUUGGCGUCGCCAUCGAGGACGUCCCCACGCAAUGGACCGAGGGCGCCUCCGAUUACGACGACGACGGUUACGAAGAAAAUGACGCCGAGUGA